GAGGGGCGGACGAUCGGGACGAGCGCGACGACGCGGGCGAAGGGGGCGGCGAAAGCGACGAAGGGCAAGGGAAAGGGUGCGCGCGAGCGAUCAUCGGACGACGAUCGCACCGCGGCGGACGCUUUGGGGGACGGGUGGAUCCGAUCCCGAGUUAGGCCCGGAUGAUGCCUAUCCGUCGUGGUUGUGGACGAUUUUGGAGACGAAGGAGAGCCUGGGAGGGUACGAACGACGGAUCGCCGCGCUCAAGGCGGAGGGGUUGGAUUGGCGGAACGAGUUUUCAGAGGAGGACGCGAAGCGGUAUCGAAAGCUCGAGCGCGUGAAUCGAAUAAAGACGAACAACGCGCUGCGAGCGAAGAAGUGA